UUAGAUAUUUUAAAAUGAAAUUUUAUGUGCUUUCCUUACAGUAUGCAUGUGUUCCGCUUGAGUUUAUUUUAACGUGCUGCAGGCCUGCUUAUCAGUUUCCUACAGCCUUCUCUUGGUCUCAUAAACGCUGUUUCACGUUCGGUUGUCGGCUGCCCUCGGUUCUCUCUCGUGUCUCAUCGGUAUUCCUAACCUAUUCUCGGCGCGCGCCCCCAGUCCAGCAGCAGCAGCAGCGGCAGCACGCGCACCUCAGGAGACAGGACAGGGCAUCUGCAGAGCUCGAGCGAACCUGGAAUGACGCCAUGAGCUCACACCGUGUGUGAUGGAGGUGAUGUUUUGGUAGGAACCGCUAUCUCAGGCUGCUGUGGCGUCGCGUGAGGAACCUGAACACCACCAUGAAGCUGCUGUUUGUAGUGACAUUGUUCUUGCGCGAGGCGUUGUGCGGAUCUCCGAGCGUCCAGAUCGGUGGUUUAUUCCCCAGGGGUGCAGAUCAGGAGUACAGUGCAUUCAGAGUUGGCAUGGUUCAGUUUGGGAUGGCAGAUUUCAGACUGACUCCACACAUAGAUAACCUGGAGGUGGCCAACAGCUUUGCUGUCACCAACUGCUUUUGUUCUCAGUUCUCUCGAGGUGUCUACGCCAUUUUUGGUUUUUACGACAAGAAGUCAGUAAACACCAUCACAUCCUUCUGUGAGACGCUUCAUGUCUCUUUCAUCACACCUUCAUUCCCAGCAGAGGGAAUGAAUCAGUUUGUUCUCCAGAUGAGGCCGGACAUCAAAGGACCACUAGUUUCAUUAGUGGAGUACUACAAAUGGGAAAAGUUUGCCUAUCUAUACGACAGUGAUAGAGGUCUUUCUACUCUUCAGGUCAUUCUGGACACUGCAGCAGAGAAAAAAUGGGUUGUCACAGCAAUAAAUGUAGGAAACCUGAAAGAUGAGAGGAAGGAUGAAGCCUACCGCUCCCUGUUUCAGGACCUGGAAAUUCGUAAGGAGAGACGCAUCAUCCUAGACUGUGAACAAGACAAAGUCAAAGACAUCAUGGAACAGGUGAUCACUAUAGGCAGGCACGUGAAGGGAUACCACUACAUCAUUGCUAAUUUGGGUUUUGUUGAUGGCGACCUCUCUAAAAUCCAGUAUGGAGGAGCAAAUGUAUCUGGGUUUCAGCUAGUAGACUUUGAUGAUCCCGUGGUGGCAAAGUUUGACCAACGAUGGGAGGCUUUGGAAGAAAAGGAGUAUCCUGGAGCUGAUACACGGAUCAGGUACACCUCAGCCCUUACGUAUGAUGCCGUCCAUGUGAUGACUGAGGCCUUCCGCUUCCUCCACAAGCAGAGGAUAGACAUGAGUCGUCGUGGCAACAGUGGGGACUGUCUGGCCAAUCCAGCAGUGCCCUGGGCACAAGGGGUGGAGAUUGAACGUGCCCUUAAACAGGUACGUGUAGAUGGUUUAACAGGGAAUAUUCAGUUUGACCAGUACGGGAAGAGAGUCAACUACUCAGUGACAGUCAUGGAGCUGAAGAACAACGGACCUGUGAAGAUUGGCUAUUGGAAUGAGGUGGAUAAGAUGGUGGUGACAAAGUCAGACCUUUACCCUAACGACACCAUGGGAAUGGAGAACAAGACAGUCAUCGUUACAACUAUACUGGAAGCCCCCUACGUGAUGCUCAAAAAGAAUGCUGAGCUGUUUCAAGACAAUGACCGCUAUGAAGGAUACUGUGUUGACCUGGCUGCGGAGAUUGCAAAGCACUGUGGUAUACGCUACCAGCUAAGGAUAGUGGGAGAUGGCAAAUAUGGAGCAAGAGAUGCAGAAACCAAGAUCUGGAAUGGGAUGGUUGGAGAGCUGGUGUAUGGGAAAGCAGAUAUAGCAGUUGCUCCCCUGACGAUCACUCUUGUUCGUGAAGAGGUAAUAGAUUUCUCCAAACCCUUCAUGUCUUUGGGAAUCUCCAUCAUGAUCAAAAAGCCACAGAAAUCCAAGCCAGGAGUUUUCUCCUUUCUGGACCCGCUGGCCUAUGAAAUCUGGAUGUGCAUCGUCUUUGCCUAUAUAGGUGUCAGUGUUGUACUCUUUCUGGUAUCCAGAUUCAGCCCUUAUGAGUGGACACUGGAGGAGCCAGAGGAUGGAGCAUUGCCGCUGACAACAGAAUCAACCAAUGAGUUUGGGAUCUUCAACUCCCUUUGGUUCUCUUUGGGUGCUUUCAUGCGGCAGGGUUGUGACAUCUCACCAAGGUCUCUGUCAGGUCGCAUAGUGGGAGGUGUGUGGUGGUUUUUCACUCUGAUCAUCAUCUCAUCGUACACUGCCAACCUGGCUGCCUUCCUGACGGUGGAGAGGAUGGUUUCUCCCAUUGAGAGUGCUGAAGACCUGGCUAAACAGACAGAGAUAGCAUAUGGAACCUUGGACUCUGGAUCCACCAAGGAGUUCUUCAGGCGCUCUAAAAUUGCCUUGUUUGACAAAAUGUGGCAGUACAUGAAAUCAGCAGAACCUUCUGUCUUCGUCAAGAAAACAUCAGAGGGUGUCCUGCGUGUCAGGAAGUCCAAAGGGAAGUAUGCCUACCUGCUGGAGUCUACCAUGAACGAGUACAUUGAGCAGAGGAAACCCUGCGACACCAUGAAAGUGGGAGGAAACCUGGACUCCAAAGGCUACGGCAUUGCCACGCCUAAAGGAUCCCCAUUAAGAAAUGCGGUGAACCUGGCGGUGUUAAAGUUGAACGAGCAGGGGCUGCUGGACAAACUGAAAAACAAGUGGUGGUAUGACAAGGGAGAAUGCGGCAGCGGAGGAGGGGAGAGCAAGGAGAAGACCAGUGCUCUUUCUCUCAGUAACGUAGCAGGAGUCUUCUACAUCCUGGUUGGAGGUCUGGGUCUGGCCAUGAUGGUAGCGCUGGUAGAGUUCUGCUACAAGAGCCAUGCUGAAGCCAAAAAAAUGAAGAUGAAAUUCACAGAUGCUAUGCGCUCCAAAGCUCGUCUGUCCAUCACAGGAUCGACUAGUGAGAAUGGUCGUGUCCCAGUGGCUUACCUCCGUCCAGGAUUACCCAUGAGCCUCAGCAUGACUGAUCUCUCCUGACCAUGCCCAAGCCAGUGCCUUACAGCCAAUCAACACACAUCCUCCCUUCCCCUCUGAAAGUGAAUGGAAAUACUUGUUAUCUUCUUCGUAGACCAAUCACCACUCACCGUGGGUCAUCUGCCCUGAUUCUCAAUCUGGAGUUUAGCCAAUCAUAUCUCUCUGAGGACUCCUGAUCUCACUUUCUAACAUCUAACCUGGAGAGACUGGAAAGCUGUUGUCCUUCUACCACUUGGCUGUCAAGCUUCAGCAAAGACCUGCCCACCUACGAAGCGAAUCAUGUGGCCAACAGCAAGAAAGAUGGCUGGUCACUCACAAAUUCAUGAAAAACAAUCAAGCACAGUUGACAGUUUUCUAAACUAAACACACAUUGUUUCAUAGAUUUUUGCCAUGAAGACUCCUCUUGUAUAGAAAAUAAGGACAAUAGUGAUGCUGGCAAUAAUAACAUUAAUCAGGGAUGUGAUCAGGAAUUGUGGGUAGAAUCUUGGUUAAAAUGAGUGCAAGUGCUUUGAACAAAAACUGAUGUCCUGAAAAAUCACAUCCAUGAAAUAAUAGUAAUUGUGUUAACAGAUAAUGAUGUUAUUGUUGCUAAUUGCUUCCCUUAUUUCUGCCUGAAAAUCCCUAAUUAGUAGAGACUUUUACCAGACCCAAGAGAUGCAUGGACUGGCACACACACACACACACACACACACACACACACACACACACACACACACACACACACACACACACAAACAAACACGUACAUACAUACAUACAUACCAUGAUACACAGGGAUGGGCAAAAACAAGUCAUAAUGUACAUUGAUACAAAAUAAUUAUACUUGAGAAUAUGAGAGAAUGAAUGGGGUGAAAGCAGCACAUUAACUGUAUCAAUUUUCACUGGGAUUUAUUAAUUUUUCAAUAACAAAAACUUAAGCCAACAGCAUAAUUUGAAAAACUCGUAGGUGUUUAAAUAAAAUGUGCUACACCACCCAUUGAUAGAUUUAAUGAUCAAACAAAAGCCUUUAUAUGCACAAUUAUUCAGACACAUGCCUAUAUAUACUGCUUCAUUUGAUAAGGUCAGUUAGUAUUUGGAUCUUGGUGGUCUCAUGCUUACAAGUUAUGCAGUAUCCUUAUUAAGUUUUGUAGGGUUUUAACUGAAGUAUUAUUGGAAAUGACUUACUAGUUUGUAUUUUGCACUUCUUUAUGAGUAAUAGCUUAAGAUUCAAAGUUGUUGUGUUGGCUGUGUGAAACACACAACUCCUCUACCAUAUAAUUGUCAGAUAGCAUGUAGGAAAAGGGUGUGAUGACCAUUAUAAAUUAUCAGUUAAAUCAGUCAGUUAAACUACUUUUGCUUUUAGUGUUAACAAAAGCUACAGUUAAUGCAUUGUUUAUAGGAUAUUAACCAGGGUAGGCUCACCCACAGCAGAAAAACGCUGGAGUUAGUCCCCAUGAGUGAACACAAGGGCCAGCUGGGGAUUAAAUCUUGGUAACUGCACAAGUGAUUCUGAGUGGUUGAUAAAUGAAGUUUCACUUGUAGGUGAAAAGAAGGAGCUGGUGACUUAGUGUGUGUAGGUAGAAGCAAGCUGUAGUACAAGCUGUCUAGGUCAACAGAGGGAGUCAACAUUCACAGGCACGUUGUCUAAAUUGGAGCUUGAAUCAAACUUGCAAGUAGAAAUGAACUUUGGCAAUAUCAUCAUGCUAACCUGGUAAGGGUUAUAUGAAAUUUCAAAUGACAUUGCAUUUGUCGUAAGUUGAGUUCUGCUACCUCAUCUGAACAUGAUGGGUCCCACCAGUGUAUCUGGCUUGUCAUGGGUUGAAAGGAGACACAUGAUGCCCGGCGGGAAGAGGUCAAGACAGAUCUUUAAGACAUAGUACAAGCCGGUUGUGUGUCUCUGGGUUUUGUCAUGACAUGUAGUACAUCAGUUGCUGUAUUGGCAGCACUCACAGCCCAGUCACUGUAGUUAUGCACAUAAGUCAAAGGAAAAUAGUGCAGUAUUAAUUAAAAUAGAAGCUAUCAGACGUGCAUGAGUUGGACAACUGAAAAAUGUGCCUGAAACGUGUCUGUUGUAGUCAGUAUUUUCAACCAGUGACUAUUAGCCUAGAUAUAAAUUAUUGUUCUCUCAUUCAGAAAAUGCAGGUUAUGUGAAGAUAUUUUCACUUGCACAAUGAUGAAAAGGGAGAGGACAGAAAUUGUGGAUAAGUGGCAAACAAUGAAUGCAAUGUUUUUUGUCCCAAAAAACAAACACAAUAUGGCCACUAUCAUUAUAUAUCGAACAUGGAUUUGCAAAUAUCAGUACUUUUGUAUUCCAAGGACAUGACAUGUUACAGAUCUCCAUUUAUUUUUUAGGCAAGUGACUGAGUGUGUUUGACUUACAACCAGUAGUGUGUUUGAUAAAGAAUGUUGCUGGAUGCUACUGCACUACCUAAACACAUAUUGAUAUUGAACGAACAUCAUCUGGGUUAUUUCCUCAGACUGGACAAAGCUCCCCCAGAGCCACAGAAGACAUUAUACAACUGUUUUCACAAGCUAAGGAGGACUAAAUUGGUGGGGUGCCCCUUUCAAAUACAUAUGAGGAGUACUCAUAUGUCAGCCCAUCCCUGUCUAUAGGUCAACAUACCAAUACAACACAACAACAUAUAGACAAAUAUACCAUAUCAGCACAAACUGACAUAUUCAUACAUUAUCACAUGAUACACACGUCUACACUAACAUUUGCACGCACACAUGCACAUAACCUUGUCACAUGAGUUCUGAAGCCAACUGGAUUAUGUGCCAAACAGACUUAGAACCAAUCAGAGCUCUCCAUGCUCAGCAAAUGGCAGCUGCUGAUACUGAAACCUGAGCCAAUAGGAGCUCUCAUUGCUGUGAGGUGGACAAACAACUGUGAACAAAAACCUUCCUUUUAAUUAAUAUACUGCACUUAUCAUGGCAAUGAAGAUGAGGAGGACGACGAGAGUGCGAAGAGAACGUUUGCAUGUCACUUUGAGUUUUUUCUUUCAGAUGAACUGGACAGCCUGAAGCGUUGUGCCUGGCUGCAUUUUAGUGUUUAAUAGUAAUAAGAAUAAUAUUAACAAUAUUAAUUGCAGUAUUAAUGUGGUUCUUGUUAUGUAUAGUGUAUGCUUUUAAGAACUCAAGUCUGCUAUUUUCUUUCACCAGGAAGCUGUUAUUUGUGCUGCUAGUUAGAGGCUAGCUGGUUAGCUGAAAAAGCUUCUUCCACAACAUGAGAAAUGGCCAAGACGUGAUAAAUGCCAGGUAAAGUGGAGCUGAAAAUGUCAAGGUUUCCACUUCCAUUUCUUCUCAUGGACUCCAUAUCAUUUUUGCAAUGACCACAUGUGAUAAUUAUUGUGAGAAUUUCCUGGUGUUAUCAAAAAGUGUCAAUGGCUUAUCACAGAAUGGCUCUCAAACAUGUCAACCAUGGAGAGAAAUGUGAAAAUGGCAGUUAAGGAAUGACUCACUUUUGACUUUGCCUCUGGUUUAACUUCAUUUUCUAUUAAACUCAUCAAUUUUGACCAAAAUCUUGUAAAUUGCUUUUCAACAGAGCAAAUUAAGUCUUGAAUAUAAAUGGAAAUGCCAAACAUCUACCACAACAGAUGUGACCUGACCAGUUUCAGUAUAUAUAAAACAUGGUUGCCACAAAACACUGUUGUUGAAAAAACACAACACAUGCAGAGAA